AUGAUCACACCAACCUUCAAAGUCAAUCAAGACAACGAUGCUGUACAUAUUACCAUCAAUACGCCGUAUGUGAGAGCUCAAGAUGUGGAUCUUUAUGUAGAAGGCAGCGAGUUUCGAUUCUAUUUGCGUCCCUACUUUUUGAGAUUGCAUUUCCCUGGCAAUAUUGUGGAAGAUGACAACUCAAAAGCUGUCUAUGAUCCAUCAGCAGGUCAAUUCAGUAUUCGAGUCACCAAAGAAACCAAGGGCGAGCACUUUGCUGACCUGGAUCUACUCACCAAACUACUAGCCAGAACAGGCGAAAAGACGGCAGCCAGCAGCGAACCCAAGAAACCAUUGAUUGAAGUGGUUGGAGGUGUGGAUAACGAUCCCAUGAAUGAGGAGCAGAUCCAGGAUGCCAUUGACUUUAACUGGGAGCUGCCUCAAGAAGUGCCUUCCGGUGACGAGCAGCUCUCUAUCACAACACAGUACGGCUUCAAUAACCAGUACAACGGCUAUUUUACGCACGUACACGAGAGCAUGAAUGAAAUCAACGAGAUCAAUGAACCCGAGAAAUCAACAGUCGAGAGCAGACGUGAGCAGCGCAUUGCAUCUGAGAACACGCACUUUGACGAGGAUCACUACUGCAUGGAUUAUGUGAAUGAUGAGGAAAUUAAGGAAUUGUGCAAGUACAAAACCGUGUAUGCAAAGGAGCUGAAACGUGUGCAAAAGAACCAAAAGACUGAGGAGGCCAAGCAAGCAAAGAAACCCUUGAUUCAAGAGGUCAAUCCCAAUGAUGCUUCUGGAGAUCUUGAUAUGGACAAUCUAUCUAUUGACGAUACCAAGGAUACCCUGUUGAAGUUCAGCAGUAAGGAAGAGGCAGUGAUGCGUGAUUUGCCCAACAAAGAGUACCUGCUGUCCUAUGAAAAGGGCGCUUAUCUGGGGCUGGUGGACCUCAUGUUUGCGUAUGCGUACAACCAUCGUAUCACAGAGGGAGAUAACAAUGUGGAGUCUGUGUGGUGUAUUGGAAGAAUCAGUCCUACACUGUCAUCUUUGGAGCAAUUCACAGUGCUAAAGGAUGUCAUGAUCUCAUCCUAUCGUAGAGCCUUGACAUAUCCACUGUACAGAAACAUGAGUCUUUGCGAAAAGGUGCUGCAAGAUGUAUACAUUCUCUUUAAACUGGGGAAGAGGGCUAUUCUCAAGGCUUUAUUAGACAUGAAAUAUCUGUUUGACCAUCACGAUGUGUAUUAUGUGUAUAGCAAGAUAUAUUUGGAUGACUAUUGUGUGUGGAUCCAGCAUGCAAAUGACAAUGUACUGAGAACCUUGGCACAUGAACUACAUCAUUUUCAAAUGAAGAAGAGCGAAUUAGGCUGGAAUUUAGAGGAACUAGAAGAAAUAGCAGAACAAAUGAGGGACAUGGAAGGUGAAAUGGAGCAGGACAAUGAACAAGAUAUGCAGAGAGCCGAGAUGAUACAGUAA